GCCUGCGCAUCGUUGACCACCGACUCCCCAAUCCACGACGGACCUGGCUGCUAAGGAAGUCUCACUGCCCGCAGCACGCCUAGCAGCAUCGUCGUCAUCAUCAGUGUGUCUCAGCACAAGUUCGACUGUGACUCGCACAGCGGUUGUGCGACUUGCCUACAUUCAGCUCCCACCACGACCGCGUCCCAAUCCGUCGCAGAAUCCAGGCCUCUCAGGCUUCCCACCGUUGCGCCCGCCAUGUCAGCCGACACGGACAAGGCCUCGCCGACCUCUCACGAGGCUGCCAUGGGCAAUCGCAGGCCGGCAACACCGCCAGUCAAUGGUGCGCCAGUGUCGUCGCAAAACACAAUCGCCUCGACCGAAGCACCAGGCUCCCCCAUUGAGCCAGCCGCCUCACUCAAGUCCGAGCCCAACGACGACCGCCUGACGGCUUCGCAAUCACGAAUCAUCCCGUCGUCGCUCACACCGCCCCCAUCCUCGCAAGUCCCUCAAAGUAACGCAGGCCCCUUGGCUGGACAGCCACUAGGCUACGUCAGCUCUCAACGUGCCAGCAUUUUCUCUCCUCCUUUGACAACUGCAAACCAUACGGCAGGCCGCCGGGACAGCACUGCGGCCGCUACAGAAUACUCGCCGCCGUCAGCUGAGCAGAUCGCCGAUGCCGACAUCGAACAGCUUCGAGUGAUGUUCCAAGCGUGCCUGGCGGAGAACGCAAGGCAGAAGAUGGAGACGGCUCACCACAAGCUCCAGUACAACUUGCUUAGCAUGCAAGCGGAGGAAGACGCAAAGAGGGCCGCAGUGGAGCAUGACAUGAUACGACGUGAGGUCGACGCCCUCCGCGUGGCGGAGGAUGCGCGCCAAGCCAGGCGCGACCUCAGUGCCGCGGCAGAGUCUACGCAUGCAAAGUACAUCCACCUCAAGGGCUGCUACGAGGCCCUGAUUGAAGACAAUGAUGUCCUCAAGAAGCGCGUCAAGACUGCCAAGAAAGUCAUCCAGCAGAAGGAGGAUGAGAUCGUCAGCCUCAUUGAUGAGCGCGACAUGCUUCUGACACGCAUCCGCGAGAACCGCGAACACUUCCACAUGCUUUGCAGCCCGGGCGGCGCCUUCCAUGGCGCAUUGACCCCCAAGUUGGCGACAGUGGCGACACCUCAACAACCUGCACGUGCCACGCCUAGGCAGACUCCCAAGUCUAGUCACAAAGACGGCCACCACGGAGGUGAUCAAAGUCAGGCUGGCUUCGCUGCUCUGCUCCAGGCACUGAGCCACGACAACAACAGCGCGCCGUCUACGCCUGUGUCGGGACAUCGACCAAGACCUCAGAUGUUACCCAAACACACGCGCGGUGUCCAAUCUCUAUCUUCGCUGCCCACUACGCCUAAUGGACGUGUACGCGGUGACUACUCGAGCCUGUUGCCUUCUAUUGACCUCGUCCCACACACUGAACCCCCCGCCAGGUACGGACUUACUCAUGACCCAGUUGUCGUACCUCGUACCCCGACCCGCAAGCGCGCACGGAAGAGCCGGGAAAGCACCAUCUCGGCAGAAGACAACGAGGUUCUCGCCAGAGCCGCCCUGGAAUCCGUAGCUGCAGCCACGCAGUCGUACAUGUCGCAGGGGUCACGAGGGUCUCGUCGCGACGUGGAGGAGGAGGAUGUCUACGAGAGCCAGGCCAGCCAGGCCGCAUCCGAAAUGCUGCGGCGUGACCCGAGAGAGAGUUUUGAUAUUGCAGGCUCGACGCCGGGGUCCCGUGACGGAACGCCUUUGCCCGGGGAGAAGUCGUUGAAGCUACAGUCAAAGCUGUUCGCGGGUGUCAACAAACCAGGACUUGUUGUGGAGAAGCGGAAGCAUGUCAACGAGGAUGACGCCGCAGCACGUCGAGAAGUCCAGUCGAGCCCACCCAAGAAGGUGCGGUACGGUAGUGACGGCAGACAGGAGAAGGACUUUGAUGCGCGACGGGUUGGAUUGGGGAUUCGGUACUGAGGAGUUGAUGAGUUGGAUUGUGAACGAUUGGACAUUGCGCAUGCAUGGAUUGCACCCCUCGGACACUGGACUUGUUAUGCGGGAGACACGGCUGGCUACGCGACAAAGCGGCCACGCCCGAGAUAUAUGCAGGAAUAUCUUGAGGCGUGCUGUCGAUGCAUACACUAUGUAGAUAGUAGCGGACUAUGCCUAGCGCGACGCCAUUAACGGCUUGAAUGAGAUAUGACAACACAGCAUGGAUCCUGCCCAAUCUCCAGACUGCCAGCGACAGCCAUUUACGCUCAUGCA